AUGAAUUCCCAGCGGACGCGGAGCCUCGGCCGUCUCUUUGCAAUCACUUGUGACAUCUGCGCCGGGAAGACGAUGCCUCUGAGGACGGGACUUUUCCUCCUGAUGCUGCUCUAUGCAUCUGCAUACGAGCUGGAUCACAACGAGUCCUAUUCGUCCAGGAGAGCACGCUUCUCGGCCAACAGCCCUACAGAUGUGGCACGCUGUCUCAACGGUGCCCUCCAAGUUGGCUGCGGGGCCUUCGCCUGCCUGGAAAACUCGACGUGCGACACAGAUGGCAUGCAUGACAUCUGCAAGUCCUUCCUGUACAGUGCUGCUAAAUUUGACACUCAGGGUAAAGCAUUUGUGAAAGAGAGCCUUAAGUGCAUUGCCAAUGGCAUCACCACCAAGGUGUUCCCAACCAUCCGUCGCUGCUCCACAUUCCAAAGAAUGAUAUCCGAAGUCCAGGAGGAGUGCUACAGCAAGCUGGAUAUCUGCACAGUCGCCCGGACCAAUCCCGACGCUAUCGGAGAGGUGGCCCAGCUGCCCAGCCACUUCCCCAAUAGGUUCUACGGGAGGCUUCUGCAGAGCCUGAUGGACUGUGACGAGGACACGGUGGAGCGCGUGAGGGCCAGCAUGGUGUCUCGGAUGGGCCCGGAGAUGACCAUGCUCGUCCAGCUCCUGCAGAACAAGCCGUGCGCGGCCACGGCCGGAGCCACCGCCGUGGCCACCCCGACCGGAGCAGAGGCCCGCGGCAGCUGGCGCUGGUCCGUUGGGCCUCCUAUGUACAAGAUCCAGCCUAAUCUACGAAAUAGAGACGCUGCCAGUCAUUUUGGCAAAAAGCGCUCAGCCAGUGACAGCUCCUAA